CCAUCUGGCAACACUGAGCGAAUCGCUCUUUCCUUUUUCAUCAACAUGGCUGAUCAGAACGAGCGCGCCUUCCAAAAACAAUUCGGUGUUAACUUGAACCGCAAGGUCAAGCCCGGCAUCACCAAGAAGAAGAUCCUGCGCCGUUACCGUGAUGUUGGCCUGGGCUUCAAGACCCCCCGUGAGGCCAUCGAUGGCACCUACAUCGACAAGAAGUGCCCAUGGACCGGUGAUGUGAGGAUCCGUGGUCGCAUCCUGACUGGCGUGGUCCGCAAGGCCAAGAUGCAGCGCACCAUCGUCAUCCGUCGUGACUACCUGCACUUUGUGCGUAAAUACAGUCGUUUCGAGAAGCGUCACCGCAACAUGAGCGUGCACUGCUCGCCCGUCUUCAGGGAUGUUGAGCACGGCGAUAUUGUCACCAUUGGUGAGUGCCGUCCCCUCUCCAAGACUGUGCGCUUCAACGUUCUGAAGGUUAGCAAGGGUCAGGGAUCCAAGAAGAGCUUCAAGAAGUACUAAGUGAGGCGGACAACCAUCAUUCGGGAGAGAUAAUAUUUGUAGCAGUUAUUCUUUUUGAAUAAAACAAAAAAUGUAACUUUAA